UUAAAGUCAAAACGUAUCAAUUAAUAAGAAAUAUAUUAAGUAUGUAUAAAUCACUAGCAUUAGUCAUAGUGGAGUAUUUUUUUUUAAAGGAAGUCAUAAUAAAAUAUAUAAAUAGUGUAUAAAGUCAAAAUAAAACACGAAGUAUAGAGUAACAAAAGCAUAUGAAAACUACUAAACCAACCAUAUCAUGAAGUAGCAUGCAUCAAAGCCGAAAAAAAAAUCCACCUUCCUUAAAUUAUUAAAAUAGUGAUUUUGACCACAAAUAAAUAAAGUUAGUAGCUAGUGUUUUCAUAAACAUGUACUACUACUUAUCCAUGCAUCUUUUGCUUUUCCAUAAGAUAAGUAGUGCUCAUCCCCACUAUUAUUGCCUCUCUCAACUUCCUAUAAAUCCCCAUUUAUUUGUUGGCGUGUGUUCACCAUACUCUUUUAAUUAAUUACAAAACUCAUCUUAUCAUUAGUUAAAAUAUUUGAACUCCUCUUUUUAUAUUACGUUAAAUAUGGCUACUAACCAAAAAGCUCUUCCUCUCACCCUAGAUGAAGAGAACCAACAUGAACAAGUUGUUGUUAAUGAAAACAACGAUUUUGACUACUCGAAACGUUCUCAAUGGCUUAGAGCCGCGGUCCUAGGAGCCAACGAUGGGCUUGUCUCAACAGCCUCGCUCAUGAUGGGAGUAGGUGCAGUUAAGCAAGAUGUGAAGGCUAUGAUACUUACCGGGUUUGCUGGCCUAGUUGGUGGGGCUUGUAGCAUGGCCAUCGGAGAGUUCGUGUCCGUGUACUCCCAGCUCGAUAUCGAGGUGGCUCAGAUGAAACGAGAGAAAAUGAAAAACGGAGGAAUAGAGCAAGAAGAAGGUGAAAAGGAGGAGUUGCCUAAUCCAUUGCAGGCAGCGUGUGCCUCGGCUUUUGCCUUCGCAGUGGGCGCUAUGGUCCCACUGCUGGCGGCAUCGUUUAUUAAGGAUUAUAAGGUAAGGCUUGGGGUGGUGGCGGCGGCGGUUACAUUAGCUUUGGUGGUGUUUGGGUGGUUAGGGGCAGUUUUGGGGAGAGCUUCGGGUUUCAAGGCUUCUUUGAGGGUUUUGUUGGGUGGUUGGCUUGCUAUGGUUAUUACUUUUGGUUUAACUAAGUUGGUUGGGUCAAAUAGGUUAUAAAAUUUAAUGCAUGUAUAUUGUUCCUUUAUACUAUCUCUAUUUUUUAGUUGACACGUUUUGACUUUAGCUUUAUUUACGCACUUUUCUUUGACCGUGUUUUGUGAUUUAUACGUCAUAAUGAAACAUAUAUUCAUGUGAUUGGAUCUUA